GUAUAUGCAGGACAGGAAGUGCCUUGACACAAGAAGAGGGUUUAAAAGAAAGCCAAUCUGACUUGACAGAGACCCGCAAUGCAAACAGCACAGACUUGAAUGCAAUGUUCUACACGCCUGCGCACUGAGGCGAGGUCAAGCGGGAGUGGGCGGAGGAGGAGGAGGAGGAGAAGGAGGAGAAGAUGUCGCAGUGGGGAGAGCAAAGCCUCUCGGGAGAUGAAGUCCAUAGACUUUGCUCAGCGAGAGGGUUAACCCGUUAGGUGAAAAUUGAAGACUGCCUUCGUCGUUUGAUCUGCACCGCCUUUAAGAACUGCUGCGGAAAGAACCACAGCUCCCAGCGUGCACCGCUCCGAAGUUGUGUAAGUUAUUCUGUGAAGACGCUGGAAACACUUCCUCUGAGGCGGAGAGCCACGGGCGGCAGAGAAAGUAAAAAAAAUAAAUAAAUAAAUAAAUAAAUAAAUAAAUAACACCAUUACCAACAAGGAAGAAAAUAACAAACGGAUCGGACCGAGGAACAAAAAAAAUAAAUAUAUAUAUAUAUAUACACACAAUCGGGAUCGGACUAACAACUUAAGUCUUGAAAACGGUGAGUUGGAAACGUCAGGAAAGAGGCAGGCAGAAAAAAAAUGUCCUCCGCCGGACAAGCGACUUCCAGACGGCAAUGGUGCUACCUGUGUGAUUUACCCAAGAUGCCCUGGGCUAUGAUCUGGGACUUCAGCGAGGCGGUGUGCCGUGGUUGUGUCAACUAUGAAGGUAUUGACAGAAUUGAGAUUCUCAUCGAGACAGCCAGGCAGUUAAAACGAACUCACGUCAUGCAGGACGGGAGAUCUCCGGGACCCCAGGCCGGAAAGCACGGCCCAGGCGGCAAAGAGGGCUCCCUGGAAGGUGGGAGGCAAUCCGUAGAGAGGUAUGAGAGAGGGAGAGGGGAAUAUGGGGUCCCCCAAAGGCUGCCCAAUGGGCUGCCCAGGCCUGAAGAUGGGGGGCCCCCAGAAGCAAGCAGACAGAGCCCCAAUCCUAGAAGGGGCAUCGUUGGGGCCGUGCCCCCCAGUCUGGUGGCACAGGGCCUGGUGGGCACCCCUCAUGGUUUGAUGGCAGCGAUCCCGGGUUUGAACACCAGGGGCGGAGGCACCUCCUUGACCAUCACCGGCCCGAUGUUGGGCGAAAUGGGCAAGCGGGGGGCCCAGGCGGCGCCGGGGGGGCUGGGCCCCUUCGCGGGCGACUAUGAGAAGGAGCUGAAGGAGAAGCAGAGGAGCGCGGAGGCCCUGGCGGAGCUGUCGGAGAGCGUGCGCAGCCGGGGCGAGGAGUGGGCAGGCCGGCCCAAGCAGGUGCGCGAGACCCUGCUGGCCCUGUCCAGCUGCGCCCCCUUCAACGUGCGCUUCAAGAAGGACCACGCCGUGGCGGGGCGCGUCUUCGCCUUCGACGUCAAGCCCGGCCUGGAUUUGGAGCUCAAGGUCUUCACCGAGUACCCCUGCGGUUCCGGUAAUGUAUUCUCCAGCCUCCUGGGUCUGGCCAAGCAGAUGUUCCACGACUGCAUGAAGGACGCCGGCAAGGUCAUCAGCUCCGGGUUCAAGUACGUGGAGUACGAGAAGAGGCACGGCACCGGCGACUGGCGGCUUCUUUCCGAGUUCCUGGCUGAGCAGGUCCGAGCUUUCAAAGAACCCCCGGCCCACGAACUCUUUCCCCAGCCCUAUCUGGACCCCAGCUGCCCCAUGCUGCCAACCGCCUUGUGCGGGCUGGGCCGGAACAUGCCUCCCAGAGGAGGUGUGCGCCGCCGAAAAGCUUCCCCGGAAUCGGAGAGCGGGGACGCGGGGAGGAUGGGAGAAGAGCACAGGCAGCAUUGGCUCCCAGUUUCCUCAGGGGCCGUGUACACAGGCGUGUCCCACUUGCUGACCUCCACUGCUGGCCAGCCCCAAGACGGGGAGCCCUCGCCCAUCACGGCUCUUAUGAGCGUGGCUGACAACCUGGGCACCGGGCAGUCCCCGAAAGACACCAUCUCUUCUGUGGCCGCCUCCUCCGCCAACAGCAGCAGCCUGGUUCAUUCCUCCCCGGCCGGGCAGCAUCGGAGACUGGCCGGCUCUAGAAACGGAGACCAGCAGCAGCAGGUUCAAGGACCUUCCAGUAACAGCAACAGCAGCAGCUCCCUCCCUGGAGCGUCCGGCAGCGAGCAGAGCACAGGAGUGGAAGCAUCGGGGGCCAGCAGCGUCCCGCUCUGCUGCACCAUCUGCCACGAGAGACUGGAAGACACCCACUUUGUCCAGUGUCCUUCCGUGGCCAACCACAAGUUCUGCUUCCCCUGCACCCGGGAUUUCAUCAGGGCGCAGGGGGCGAGUGGGGAGGUUUACUGCCCCAGUGGGGAGAAGUGCCCCCUGGUGGGCUCAAACGUGCCCUGGGCUUUUAUGCAGGGGGAGAUCGCCACCAUCUUAGCAGGAGAUGUCAAGGUAAAGAAGGAGCGUGACCCCUGAACGACCCGCGGAGAAGAAGGAAGAAGAAAUAUAUUUUUGUUGUUGUUUUUGUGUUUUUUUUUGUAUUUCUGUAAUUUUGUUAGGGAUGUAGACAGACAGGUUUUAAUUGAGACCGUCUGACUGUCAUAUAUUUGUGGGGGGUUCUUGUAGACAAUUUAGACUGCGGCUGUUUUUAUUUUAUCUUUGGAAGCAAAAAAAAAAUGGGACUAUUUUAAUUUCUCGGACAGAGAAACCUGUCUUUUUUUUGUUGUAGGUUUUUUUUUUUAUAAUUUUUUUUUUGCCCUAUCUUUCUCAAUAACUAUGUCUUAUAAUAGUAAUGCAUGAUGGAUUUGUUUGACGGUACCAGCAGCCCGGUUGGGGUUAUGGGACGGGUGAAGGUGACCGGAUGGGUAUUUGCCCCCCAAAAUGUAAUUCCUUUUUGUUUUUUAGAUGCUGAAAUCUACCCCCCCCCCCCAAAUGUAUGUUGUUUCUGCUUUCUGUUCAAAUCUGUCUGUGAAUUUCUUUAAAAGUGGUUCAUUUGUAUUGCUGGGACAUAAAUGGGUUUUUUUUGUGAUCAAAUAUUAUUUUUAAAAUGUAGUUUGAAUAUGCUUUCAUUUUGAAUUAGCUGUAAAACAAAAGUAUAAUUUCUACCAUAGCUGGUGACAUCAUAUUAUCUAUUAAAGAAAGGAGGGCCAAGUCCUGCACAGUAGAAUGUUAGAUAUUCAUUUCAGACGUCAUUAAUGCAUUGAUUUCCUCUGCGUCUUUUUCAUACAGUUAUUUAUAAAUUCUGCUCUAUGAAUAAAUACGAACAAGGUCAUUUUUGUUCAGUCAGUACAUUGCCAGCAGUGCUAGAAAGUGCAAAAUUCACUGUAUGUAUUAAGAGUUACAAACUAGCGAGAAAAUAUAUAUUUUUUUAACUUUGGUGCACCCAGAUCAACAUUCUUAGUUCUACAAAGAUACACUGUUGUGCUUUCGUAGAUAAACAAAUACUGUGGAUUGAUCAGCCUCACGUAUAGACUGCAGUUCAGUUUCACAUGUUGUGUUGUACCAACAUUACAGUAUUUCAUUUGAGAUCAGAAUCUGCCCUUGCACUGUUUAACUAUCGCUAUAAGUUGAUGUUGAUAUGAACACGUUAUUGUAUAGUUAACUGGGUGGCAUUGAAACAGAACAUUGAGAUAGGUAGUGUUGCAAUCUAAUCGGAAUGGAGUCACAAUGGGGUCAGUUUGAAUAAGCCACAGCUGAAUUUCAUUAGAGCACUUUACAGCACCAGGGAUAAAUGCUCUAAAAAUGCAGCUGUGGCUUAUCAGGGUAUAAGUUGAUCAAAUUAGACUUUUCACCCUACUGUUGGAAAAGUGUGUGUGCAUGUGUGUGUAUAUAUAUGUUGUGGGGUAUCUAGCACAGAAAACAAAGCCUGGGGAACACAGUGAUGCAAUCAAAGAAAAUGUCUUUCAGGAAGUCUUCCAUUGUUAGUUACCUAUGAACAGCUAUAGAGCUGUGUGUUUAAGGCCUCCCCUGAGGAUUUCUGACAUGGGUUUCAACAGUGACCCCCUGUGGACAAUUUAUUUAAUUCAUUGCUGGGCUAAAUAAGCCAUAGCAAGCGUGGAAACACCUGGAGAAAUGUUCUGCCAGUCCUGUGUAAAUACUUUCCAGAAAAGCUCUGGACUAUCAGUCCUCUGUUAGGAUAGUUUUUAACUAUGAUACUGCUGGAUAAAUGCAGCUAGUUGUUGCUGAAUAGAAUACCAAAGAUAGUUUGAAAAGUUUAUUUUGCUGCAGUCUAAGGUGUUACUGCUGCACGAACCGAUUAUUCGGAUCAAGCUGUCCAUAGGGGAAAGUCAUUGGUGUUGAUCCAGCUAAUUUAUUGUUCUGAGUGAAACGAGUGAAGAAACAGCAGCUUGGGUUUGUGUGGAUCGCUGUUCUCUGCAGUCUAAAGCUGAGGGAACAUGAAGCCACUUUGUGGUUUGCAACUUGGUUUCAGGAGACUUGGUUUCAGGCCACUGCACGGCACACCAGGGGAGGCUUGGGGUUUGAUACAGCAACCUCAAACUAGGUCUCCUGAAACCAUGUUUCAAGCCACUGUUCCUGAAAAAGAGGCUUCAUGUUCCUUCGGCUCAAAAAAUCAGCAAACCCAGCAGCUGUUUCUUCACUCUGAAUGGUGAAUCAGCCCGAUCGACACCAGCCACCCUCGCCUGUGGAGAGCUUGAUGUGAAUAAUCGAAUCAAUACCAACGGGUGCACAUAAACAAAUGUAGACUAAUACAUCUUUAAUUAAAAAAAAAUCAAUGUAAAUAGUUCUUAUUCAGUUUUGUUUAUUGGGUGUAUAUUUUCCUCAAAUGUUUGUUUUUUUUCCAUAAAUAUCAUUUUUGAUUUUAUAAUGUGUUAUACAAUCCCUCCUCUGUGUCUCUGUCCAGCAAAAUCCCACAGGGGACUCAAUUUGAUGCAGACCAGUAUGAUGGAGAGGUCUGCUUUGUAGUUUUGUACCAUCACCGUGAACUACAGGAAGAAUGGAAAAGGGGAGCUGUGCAAAAAUAGAUUUUGAACUAAAAAAAAAAAAAAAAAGUCCUGUUUU